ACUCGAAGAUUCUAUAACUGAUUUAAUGUUAAUGAUGGGAGUGUAUCGUAAGACCCCUCUGUUAGUUACAGGGUUCCUUGUUGGCGCAGUCGUAGUUUACCAGGUGACCUACUCCCUCAGGGACAAGACCAAGGAUGUUGUUCCUGCCCCCAAGGCUCCCGCUGUUGCUCCAGUAGUUCAACCAAACCAGGCUGGAGACGCCAAUCUGAGAGGAGCUGAGGAAGACGGAAUCACAAUUCAGUUUGAGAAGACGGAAGGUUACACCACUCAUGGCAACAAGAUCACAGUCCAGAAGAGAGAGAACUUCCCAGUUGCUGGUUUCUCGAGACACAGCCACAUUGGAAAGUUGAGUUUGCCACUGGUCAUCAAGAAAUUCUCAUUUGAAGACAAGACACUCAAGGGCAUUCCAUCUGACCUGAACGUCAUCAACUCCUCUGUUUACUUCAAGACUGGUCUCAAGGAGCCCGUCCUCGUUGAACUCUACAAGUACUCACCUGAUGGACACAACACCUCUGUCCACUUCUUUACCAAGGGUGCCAACGAAACCUGGGAGGAGUUCUUCUUUGGUGCCAACCUCAGCCUCACCAAGAAGCUCAAUGAGUUGACUGGUGGUGAUGCUAAGAAGGCGGAGGCUGAUCAAGAGGCUGGAGGUGAAGUUAAGGAUGAGGUUGCUGCUUCUAUUCCUGAACCUCCUAAACCUCCUGCUGAUUCUGGUCUUGCUAUUACUGGUGAAGGUACUCAAUCUGGUUCUACUUCUGCUGAAGCUGCUUCUUCUACAUCUACUACUCAAUCCCCUGUUAAUCCUUCUCAACAACAAACUGCUGACUCAUCUAGCCAAACUGCUAUUACUAAUACUCAACAGGCUGGGGUUUCUCAAGCUGGAGGUGUUGGAUCAGGCUCUGUUGCUACUGAAACUACUGCUUCUGGUUCUGUUACUGCCACUGGAUCAACUGGAACUGAACCCACUAGCCCUGAACAAGGUGAGGGACCUAGCAUGUCAUCCCUACUAGGAGACUCUAAUCAGCGAUCUCAACAAGUAUAAACAUAUUCAGGCCCUGGAACUGCCCGAACAGAAACUGAUAAAGCUGCUGCUCCUGGUUCUCCUACUGGACCUAAUGCUCCUCCAGCUCAAGAAUCUGCUCCAAAUACCGACCCUAAAUCUUCUCAAGGAAGAAACGCUGAAGAAGGUGAUGGUGGAAGUCCCGCUACCUCAUCCACUUAAUCUUUAAAUGU